GUUCAAUUUAAUCGUGUGUAUUUGUGAACAAUUUAGCGAAAAGUUUUUGAUGAAUUGAUCAUUCUCAUUGGAUUAAAGGAUUCAAUCUUGAUCCAUUGAUUAUCUCAACCAAAGGGAACCAGUUUACAGGAUUAAAAGUCCACAGGGAAGGAAAAGUGAUCUUUGUGUCGAUUAGAAUCAACAAUUAACUACUAUGACCUUUUUUACCAGAUUAUUAUCUUACCUUGGACUCAGAAAGAAAGAGGUUAAUAUUUUGGUCGUUGGAUUGGAUAAUAGUGGAAAGACAACAAUUUUAAACAAUUUCAAGAAAGAUGAAGAUAAAAGUCAAGAAAUUGUCGCAACCAUUGGAUUUAAUGUUGAAAGUUUUUCGGUUAACAAUUUAACCUUUUCCGCUUUCGAUAUGUCAGGUCAAGGUCGUUAUCGAAACCUUUGGGAACAUUAUUUUAAAGGGGUUCAUGCGAUUGUUUUUGUCAUUGAUUCAUCGGAUUCACUUCGAUUGGUGGUCGCUAAAGAUGAACUUGACCUGAUGUUGAAACACGAUGAGAUCUCAUCGAAACCUCAUCUUCCGAUUCUCAUUUUCGCCAAUAAAAUGGACCUUAGGGAUGCUCUUUCCUCCGUUCGAAUAUCUCAAGCUCUUGGACUCGAAUCACUUCAAGAACGAUCUUGGCACAUUCAGGCUUCGAAUGCGCUUACUGGGCAAGGAUUACAAGAGGGAAUCCAAUGGUUAACAGAACAAUUAAUCAACCAAAAGAAAUGAAUUUUCAAUUUACAUUCUAUUGUUUCCACUUUAAAUCUUCUACCAAACAAUUAAUUUGAUUGUCUUUUUCGCUUUAAAAAGCCAUUCAACAUAUCAAAACAAUCAACUGCUUAAUCUUAAUUUCCUUCAAGCUCAACUUUUAAUUGAUGAUGAUGAGCUUAAUUUAAUUUCCCUCAUUAACUGCUUUGCAACUCACUUAUUUUACCCAAUUUUCCUUUGGCUCAUCAUGAAUAAUAUAAAAAAAUAAAUGUAAAUCACAUUUAAUUGAUAAACAAUUAAGAAAUCAAAACCAAUCAAAAUUUAAACUGAACGAUAAAAACUACAAAAGACCAAAUAACUGACUCACUAAAUUUGUCAAUCUCUCUCAGCUAUUCAUUUCCAUAAAAUUCCUAAUCCAAAGAAACAUAAUUGAUCAUCAAACUACUCAAUUAAAUUCACUAACAAUUUAAUCUCAUGGAAGAAAAUUUUGAUUCGAUAAUUUCUGCCACCAGAUGACAGUCAAGUCGACAGUCAAAGUCUGUUUACUUUUUUACUUGACAAGAUUUUGUUUAUGUUUCCUUAAUUGUGUCUUGACUGUUGAUUGUUUUUCUAAUUAGUUUAAUUGGAUUUUUAGAUUUUCUUAUUGAAUCCUGAAUGAAUGAAAGUUUGUGGUUCUUUCGUUUUUGUGGAACUUAAUCAUUCUUAUAUGUGGUUAGAAUAAAAAACAGUUCGGGGAUCCCCCUUGUUUUUUUUUCUAAAAA